AUGAGUGUGGAAAACGCUGCUUCUCCGCCGAGGAAGCCAGUGACUCAGGAGGAAUCGAGGAUUAUUGGCAAACUGAUGGAAGAUGAGGAGGCUCGUAAGCAAUACCCCAAGAGAUAUGUGGGAGAGCCUCUCUCCGCCGUAAGCAGAUUGGCGUACAAGCGGAAGUCGAAGGCCGGAACCUCUUCAGGUUCUCCGCCGAAAUCGAAGAGCCCAAGGCAAACCAAGAAGGCCAGAGUUGAGGAGGAGGUCGCCACGAGUGUGGAAAAAGCUACUUCUCCGCCGAAAUCGAAGAAGACUAGGCAAACCAAGAAGGUGAGAGUUGAAGAGGAGGUAGCAACGAGUGUGGAAAAAUUUACUUCUCCGCUGAAAUCGAAGAGCCCGAGGCUAACCAGGAGUGCGAGAGUUGAAGAGGAGGUAGCAACGAGUGUGGAAAAAGCUGCUUCUCCACCGAAAACGAAGAACACGAGGCAAACUAGGAAGGCGAGAGUUGAAGAGGAGGUAGCUUCAAGUGUUGAAAAAGCUGCUUCUCCGCUGAAAUCGAAGAAGACGAGGCAAACCAAGGAGGGAGGAGUUGAAGAGGAGGUUGCGAUGAGUGUGGAAAAAUUUGCUUAUUCUCCGAAAUCGAAGAAUCCAAGGGAAACAAAAAAUGCGAGGGUUGAAGAGGAGGUAGCGAUGAGUGGAAAAAUCUGCUUCUCCUCUGAAGUUGAAGAAUCUGAGAAGACGAGAGUUGAAGAGGGGGUAGCAACAAGUAUGGAAAAAGCUGCUUCUCCGCUGAGGAAGCCAGUGACUCAGGAGUUAGCUGCGGCUGAUGAAGACGGAGAGGAAUCGAGGUUUAUUGGCAAACCGAUGGAGGAUAAGGAGGCUCAUAAUCAAUACCCCAAGAGAUAUGUCGGAGAGGUCAUAAAGCACUGUGCUACUGUUGUAUGUGGACGUGUAUUCUUUUCAGAUGUCCGAGAUGACAACCCUCUGGAUUGUCUUGUCGAUCAAGAUGUGAAGAGUAAAUCAAUUCGACACCAAGUAUUUGCUACCAUAUUCUACUUUUGUCAAUCUGCUAACAGAAGAUAUGCAGUCUGGAAGUUGAGUCACAAUCAACUCUCUGUUGAGAAUGAUGUUUGUUUGGAUAGUGAGGUUGAUUCAAAGCUGUCAAAUGGAGUAGGGCAAUUGAAGCCAGCCAGCCAAUCCGCUGAUGGGGCCCAACCUGCAGCAACUGAUGUCAUGUAG